CUUUUUUCCUAUGUACAUUCUCAGAGGAGCGGAAACAGAGCGGGGAAGGGAAAGGAAAGCUUUUCCUCGGCGAUGGGCGGUUAGGGUUUUCCUCCGGCGACCUGAGUUCCGGCCACUGAAUCCCAACCUUCUCCCCUACUCUACCUCUGCGGGAUUUUUCCGGCUCUUUCAGAGGCGGCGACAGCUUUUCCCUCUCUCUGCCCCUCUCGGUCUCUCCCUCCCAUUCGCCCCCAGAAACAAGAGAUGGGUGACGCGAAGGAGAACAAAGAAGUAGGACAGGAUUUGCCACCUGCUGAGGUUCCUGUGGAAGCGUUGGAGCCAAGUGAAGUUCGUGUUGAAGCCCUUGAGGAAGAAUCUUCUCAGGCAGGGACCAAAGAAGAACACCCGAAUUCUGUGCAAAAUGGUGAUACUCCUGUAGCAGGGAUGGCUCAUGAUGAUAAGGAAAGUGAAAAUGUGUCCUGUACAGUUGAGCCUCCAGCUCAGCAAUCGGCUGAUUUGGCUCCUUCGGAAAAUGAGAAAGCUUCAGCCAAGAAUGAGAGUGAACAUGUCGAAUCUGAUCCAACUUUGGAUAGCAAAGGUGUAAGCAAUGCAUUGCCUGAACAGAAAACCAAUGGGGUUGAUGAUAGUAAUCUCUCUUCGGCUGAACCUGUCGCAGGGGAGGCUCUUGUGGAUGCUAAGAUGGAAGAUAGUGGAAAAACUGAAUCUAAAACUGGGGCAGAUGUUGAUGGUGUUGCUCCAGUUAAUGAUGACACUUCUAUUACCCCCAAUGUGGCAACUGGUGAUGCAAAAGCUGAAAGUGCUGGUGGAGAACAAAUGAAAAUCAACGCACAGGAAGUAGAGACUCCAGUGCCAAAGGAUAAAGGGAAUGUUAGUUUAAAGGAUAUAUUUCUUUUGGAUGAAAACGAUGAAGGCAGUGAAUCUGGCACAGAAGAAGAGCAGGCAGCCUUCAUGAAGGAGCUCGAGAAUUUCUUCAAAGAAAAGAACAUGGAAUUUAAGCCUCCUAAGUUUUAUGGAGAGGGGUUAAAUUGCCUUAAGUUGUGGCGUUCUGUAGUUCGAUUGGGAGGCUAUGACAAGGUUACAUCUUGUAAGUUGUGGCGGCAAGUUGGAGAGGCCUUCAGACCCCCCAAGACAUGCACGACAGUUUCUUGGACAUUUCGUGGUUUCUAUGAGAAGGCACUCCUCGACUAUGAGAAGGACAAAAUUCAUGGUGGAGAGCUUGGACCUGUUGCUUCCCCUGUGGAGCCGACGGGUGCUGAUAAUCCGGUAUCUGGAUCCAAUAGAGCAAGGAGGGAUGCGGCAGCACGUGCUAUGCAGGGUUGGUACUCCCAGCGUCUACUUACCAAUGGCGAAGUUAGUGAUCCAAUUAUAAAGGACAAAAGUGCUAAGUCUUUGCAGAAGCAAAAGCAGCAGCUUAAAAGCAGCGGUUCACUCAAACGAAAGAAAUCGCCCUACAUGGAAAAUCCCGUGAAAUCUGCGCGCAGUAAAUCUUCUGAGUCACAAUUGGAUGUUGUCGUAGUUGACGUGGGACCCCCAGCUGAUUGGGUGAAGAUCAAUGUACAAAAAACUAAGGAUUGCUUUGAAGUGUAUGCUUUAGUCCCUGGGCUUCUGAGAGAGGAGGUACGAGUUCAAUCAGAUCCAGCUGGGCGGCUUGUCAUUAGCGGUGAGCCCGAGCAUCCAGAUAAUCCCUGGGGUGUAACACCUUUCAAGAAGGUUGUGAACUUGCCCUCGAGGAUCGACCCCCACCAGACGUCAGCAGUGGUCACCUUGCAUGGGCAGCUCUUCGUCCGCGUUCCCUUUGAGCAGUCGGAGUAGGUAGCCUGCUCUCCAUUGGAACCGCCUGUAGGUUGUAGUCUUUUUAGUGUAAUCCGCGAGUGGAGUAGACUCUGUUGGUUAUGUCAGACAGAAAUGAAAGCUCUUGAUGGGUGUCACCUUCAUACAGGGAAACCCUGUUUUUGCUUCGAGCUUUCAAAGGCUAGGUAGUGGUAGUUUGUAGUAGUGUAUGUCCUCACCUUCCGGUUGUGACUUUUCGGAUCUUUCUGCUUCCGACUCCUCGGUUGUAGGAUUGUUCGAUAGAAACAAACUUGUUGUAAAUUGAAGGAAUUCGGGUUACUUUUUCGUGUAAGGCCUCCUUCCAGGCAAGGAUUAAGAUGGUGUGAGGAAUGUGUGGAAUGGACUUUUCAAUUCCGAAGGUCUGAAAAGCGUAUCGUUGACUAGAAUGGGGAGAGAUUUUACUGAUUAGAGCU